CAACGCACUAUCCCAUUAACAGGCGCCAAUCUAUUCUGCAGCCUGCCUCGAAUCAUUGUCCUUUACACCGGGUACUGCGGUGUUGCCUACAUCACUCAGGCUACGGAAGGCAUCUAUGAAGUACAUGGACGGCUUCUUGGAUGCAUCCAGAUUUGGUUGUGGUGCCCUUGCUAGGCAGGACGUGCUGGACAGCUCAUUGCCAAAGAAAGACAUAAUCUCUACGAAGACCAGAUCGCUAGAGCCACGGACUUAGAUAGACAUGGUAACAGAUGACGGCUAUUUUUCGUUGCAAGCACAGUCCGAAGACCAAAGACCUGCAACAGGAGACCCGGAUACGAAAAAAGACAAGAUAUCAGCGAGAAACAAUGGCAGGCACCAAG